AUGGUGUCGGCCGAUGGGCUGUUCCAGACGAAGCUUAUUCUCCAGAAGGCUCCGUUGCCAUCGGUGCCUCCCGAGCUGCCCCAACCCGACAAGCGAGCUGAUCCAGUGGUGGCUGGCAACAAUGGAUUGACGGCUCCAACUCUACUGCCACCGUGGCUCGUAGUCCAGUUCCCGAGCACUGCGUUCUCGAAGCUAUGGGCCGAGAUGCUGAGGAAGAAGUACAAGGUACCAGGUAUCGUGGGCUUCCUCCUCAAUCAUCCGAUCACUCAGAAUGGCCGCGAGCUCUGGACUGCGGUAGUUCCGAAAAAGCAGGCCUCGCCGCCUUGCUCCGUGACCUGGGCCUCGCUGAGAUGCUCCGAUAAUCAUGUCGCACGAGCUGAACACGCCAAGUCAGCGCAACUCUAG